AAUUUUUCCAAAAGUUGUUUGAAGCAUAAAAAGAAGAAACUGAAAAAGAAAGUCAUUAAUAAUUAUAACUAUCAACUCUUUAUCCAUAUCCAUAACCAUUCCCAUCCAACCAUCAUGAACAACGCUGCUUAUUAUGAAUUAUACAGAAGAUCAACUAUCGGUGUGACUUUAGCAGAUUCCUUAGAUACUCUUAUAUCAGAUGAAAAGAUUCAACCUCAAUUAGCCAAUACUAUUUUAAAUAACUUUGAUAGAAUUAUUUCUGAUAAUUUAAAAUUAGAAGCCAACAUAGCUAAGUCAAAGUUAUCAUUCAAGGGAGUGUUAUCAACGUACAAUUUCUGUGAUGAUGUUUGGACAUUCAUCAUUAAGAAUGUUACCAUUAAGUUGAAUGAUAUAAGUUCUGAAGGGGCAAGUGCUAAUAAUAGUAUUGAUAGUGAGAUUAAUGUUGAUAAGUUUAAGAUUGUUGCAUGUAAUGCUCGUAGAGCUGGUGAGUAAGGGUUAUGUUUGUGUUUUUUUGUUUUUGGUUAGUUAUUUAAUGGAAAAAGAAGAAGAUUAUUGUAUAUAUUGUAUGUAAAUUAGUUUUUAGAUAA